AGCAUGGCUGUCUAGUGUGCCUGUCAUUCCUAUUGUCCUUCCAAACUAUUUCAGACAUUUUGAGCAGGGAGUACUAAGCUAUGAGUUAGCAGGGGUUGUGACAUUAAUGGUCAAAAAAGGUUUAAGCACCAGGAGGGAACAAUGACAGCGCUUAACAACUGGUGGCAGUUUGGAGGAUUCUGCUGGAUCUCUGUUUAUUAAUAAUUAGGCUUCGCCUCGGAGGAAGAUGUGACAACUAUCGGAGGUCCUUCCAUCGUCCCACUGCAGCAAGCAAAGCCAACACUGGGCAAUCCUCUAAAAUGUUUAUUUGGACCAGUGGCCGGAGCUCUACAUCUUACAGACAUGAUGAGAAAAGAAAUAUUUACCAAAAAAUCAGGGAUCACGAUCUACUGGACAAAAGGAAAACAGUUACAGCCCUAAAAGCUGGAGAAGACCGGGCCAUACUCCUCGGGCUGGCCAUGAUGGUGUGCUCUGUCAUGAUGUACUUUCUCCUGGGAAUCACCCUGCUGCGGUCUUACAUGCAAAGUGUCUGGACAGAAGAGGCUCAGUGCUCGCUUCUCAAUGCAUCCAUCACAGAAACCUUCAACUGCUCAUUUAGCUGUGGUCCAGACUGCUGGAAAAUUUCCCAGUACCCGUGCCUCCAGGUGUACGUCAAUCUCACCUCUUCUGGCCAGAAGCUUCUGCUCUACCACACUGAGGAAACAAUGAAAAUUAAUUCUGAGUGUUCAUACAUACCCAAAUGUGGCAGGAAUUAUGAGGAAUCCAUGUCACUAGUGAACGUCGUGAUGGAAAACUUCAGAAAGUACCAACGCUUCUCCUGCUUCUAUGACCCUGAAGGCAUGCAGAAGAAUGUGAUAUUAACCAAACUGUACAGCUACAAUGUGCUGUUCCACUCCCUCUUCUGGCCCACAUGCAUGAUGAUUGGCGGGGUCGCCAUCGUUGCAAUGGUAAAGCUGACUCAAUACCUUUCCCUCCUCUGUGAGAGAAUCCAAAGGAUCAACAGAUAAAAACAAAAACUUCUCUGAGAUUUAAGUACAAUGAAAAUACUGUUUUCUCAUUCUUCACCAAAGAACCUUAAGUUUGUAACGUGCAAGUCUGGUAUAAGUUCCUUACUAUAUUCUUAUAAGUAGAGCAAUAAUGCAAAAGCUGUUCUAUAUGCAAACAUGUUAUUAUGCAGACAACUGAAAAAAUACUGUUUUGUGUUGACUGUCUAUAUGAUCUUGUUCUAUGCUGAGACUAGUAUUUCUUUCUUUUCUAUGGCCAAAAUAGGGCUCAGUGUGACCAUUUGCCAAGCUUAGUCAAUUGGUAUUUUCAAUGUAAAAGGAUUCUGGAAAAUUCACUGCUGGACAAAGGGCAGCCAGCCACUUGUGCAUCACUGAGGUUUCACAUCUGGCUGAGCAUAUUCAACUGAUUUAUGGCUUUGCUUUUUUAUUACUGGCUGCAGAGGGAAAGGGGGAGUGCUGAUAGUGAGGGGUUUUGUGGUAAGGCAGCACAAAAGGGACAAAUUUUUGAAGCCAGAAUAAGCAUAUGUUAUAAGCAAGUAGUACUUGGUGAUGCUUUGUGUUUGCUCCCCCAGUUCAGAAGUAAUUUGUACACUGUAGUGUUUCAGGUCUUUUGGAAAACACUUCAGAGUUUUAUUUCAUUGACUGCUAUGAUUUCCUCCAGUCUUACCCACAUCACCCUGUGUCGCUCACAGAAGCUGAAAAGAAAAGAAACUAAAUCACCUUGUUCCAUUUUCUAGUCUGAGCUCUACUGAUGGAGGUGGGACCAGAACUCCUAUGUAAAGGUUUAUCACUCAUUUGUCUUGUAUUUGCUACCAUAUCACUGUAAAGAAAAAAAUAACACAAUCAGCUAUUUUUUCAUUUUUUACUUCCAACUAUUUUAGAUUUUUUACUUGAUAUAUAUACAGAUAUAUAUAUAAAGAAAAAGCUAUAUUGUAUCUAGUUGUGUAUUGAAACUUGAUUAUUGGGAGGGGAGGGGGUUGUUUGUUUUUACCAACUGGAAAGCAAACAGUACAACUCAUUUAUAACCUUCAUCCUUUGAUAAUAUCAUAACAUGAAGGAGCAGCACUGCAGGAUCUUAUCCAAUAUUCACGAUGUUAUUUCAGUCAAAGGUCUCCGUUGCUGUGACAUCAGCAUAGACAAAAAUCUCAUCCGGUUCUAUGGUUUUAUUAACUGAACUGUUAGAUAAUCAUUAUAAUGCGUCUGGAAAUCUCUCCUGACCUUAACUCAGUUUGCAGUGCUGGCUGACGUGAAUUAUGAUUUAAAGGCUCAGGUGCAAUGAUAUAUUGGAAAAACUGAGAUUCUGACUAAAGUGUUGUCCCGUCUGUCAAACAUUUACCACAGGGAUCUUGCCAGUAUAAAUUCAUAUGUACUAUAGUCACGAUUUCUGGAUAACUUUUUAUUCCCCUGUAGAAAGCAUUCCAUCUUAUGUUUUAAAGAUAACUCUCUCAGUUUUUUACUUCACACCCAGCUUGAAGGACAAACCCAAGGCAGCUCUUGUAAGCACUUCAGUAUUCAAUCUCUCAAAGAAAACAUUUACAGACCUAUUCAAACCAAGCAAAACUUUCCCGAUCAAAAGGACUGCAAACCAAGUACUCUGCCUAGGUCCUCUAUAGGUACCUUCCCACAAUGUAGCAUUAAAAUUUUCAAGAUGUUACAAACUUUACAAGUCAUGCAAGUGUAACGUGAGCUGUAGAAAAAAGAACGGAAAAUGAACCUGCAAUCUUGUAAUCAGUAGUAUAAUUUUCCAUAGGUAAAUAAAUUCCUGGAGGGUGGGGGUAUAAUGAG